CCAUAUUGUACACACCAAAGAUGGCUUUCGUUUCCAAGGGUUAUCAGUAACUUCCCUAUUUGACUGUGGAAACAAGGGAAAAAGUGUUGCCAGGGGAGUAAAAAGUUUAAGUGGUUUACAGAAGAUUUUAAAAUUUACUGUAGACACAAAAUGAGCAGUUCUGAGGAAGUUUCAUGGAUCACCUGGUUCUGCAGCCAACGUGGGAACGAAUUCUUCUGUGAGGUGGAUGAAGACUACAUACAAGACAAAUUCAACUUGACUGGACUGAUAGAAUGUGUUCCUCACUUCCACAAUGCUCAUGACAUGAUUUUGGAUCUGGAACCAGUAGAUCCAGAGGAGUCUGUACUUGAAGCAGACGAAGUGGAAGCAGCGGCAGAACUUCUGUACGGUCUUAUCCAUGCACGCUAUAUACUCACUAAUAGAGGAAUUGGCCAGAUGAUGGAGAAAUAUGAAUCUGGCGUCUUCGGCUACUGCCCCCGAGUGUACUGCCAUAGCCAGCCAUUGCUGCCAAUAGGUUUGUCAGACAUUCCUGGAGAAGAAAUGGUGAAACUGUACUGCCCAAAGUCUAAUGACGUGUAUGUUCCAAAAUCCACCAGACAUCACAAAGUGGAUGGAGCUUUCUUUGGAACGUCAUUUCCUCAGAUGGUUUUCAUGGUCCACCCAGAGUGUCGUCCACCGAAACCAACACAACAAUUUGUUCCAAGAUUGUACGGCUUCAAGAUCCACCCCCUGGCAUACCAGAUCCAGGCAGAAGAAGGGCAAGGACGCAGGGCUCUGAAAGCAGGCAGCGGCACACCCGGUGCGACGAGUGGUCACUGAUCACGUGUGUGGCGCGCACCCCUCGGCUCCGCUGCUGAAGGGUGUGCGCAGGACGGCAACCGUUCCUCACUCGGCAGUCUCAACACGUACCUCUGAUCUGCAACAUGAGUUUGCUGCACUUCCGAAACAUUCUGAAUGUGUGGUAGACAUUUGCUGGUUUUUAUGAGUAAGUGGGCAGCAUCACAAUUUACAAGCAAGCGGAUCGAGGUAAAAUGAGCUAUAAUAUUGCAGAUCACGUUAUGCAUUGUAUUGACUCUGCACGUGGCAUUCCAAAAGUGAUAGUGUUUAUUUCGUUAUAGCUGUCAGUGAUGUACACUAUCUUUAUUUGCGCUUGCCACACAGUGGAGUGGCUUCGUUUUUAACCUGAUUGAAAGAAAUAUUUGUAUUAUUUCUGAGCAACCAGCUUGUAUGUAUUUGUCUUGCUUGUACUGAUAGUUGGCGGUUGCUACAGUCUCUCAUUGUAAGAGAGUGAAAUGCCUGUCAAAUUCUAUAUGUUUACAAAACUCUUUUAGCACCAAGUUUACUGGGCAUGCUGCCGUCAUCAGCAGAGAACUUCUCAGAAAAGAUACACUAUUUUAUGUCCCCAAGAACAUUGAAUUGGCAUGAGAAACUCUUUAAUGUUGUUUAGAACAAAAGGACAAUUUCUUAGUAGUGUAUUAGCGCAAGAUAUUUAAAUUAUUUUUAUUGGUGCUUAUUAAGUACAAUUUUUUGUUACCAGAAGACUGAUUUAUAAACUAUUUACUUAGUAUCUGGUAGCUGUGUUUGGUGCAAAUGUAAGAAGAUUGUCUAUGCUUUUUUGUUGAGUUUGUGUGGUGAAUACUUUUUUCAAGUGUGAAAGUAGAUCUCAUACAUGUGAAUGAAUACAUCCCUUUACAUAUUGGACUUUAUGGAGAAUAAGAAUCUCAGGUUAUGUGAACAGUUGCAAUUUCUGUAUGUGACUGAAUUCAGAAUGGUAGUCACAAAUGUUUGGUAAGGUCUUUGUACGUUUGUGCUGCUCCUGAGUUGUUGUACGGAGUCAUUUUGCAUUAGAAUGGAAUUCGUGGAAGGUUACGUAGUCUGUAUAUGUUUUACAAUUACAAGAAAAUAAAAUAAGUUAGAAUUGUGAUGUAGUUUGAGGAGAGAAGAAGGUGCUGAGUAUUAAUCAGGGAAGAAAGCGAAUUUAUGCUAAGAACGAAUGUCACUAAGACAGGAAAUGAAAGUAAUAUCCUUCCUUUAAGUGCGCACAAUACACUGUGACAUGUAAAUUGCUGAGAAACUACAAGCUAUUAACAAAUACUACAGCAGAAAUUUUGAGUAGUUUGAACCAUAUAGAAAGGUACUCGUACAAGUAGGAUUCAAAAAUAUUCUUAAGUUCUUGUAGUGCAGUGUUGUUAAGAAAUAAAGAGGUAAAUAUGUGUUAGAAA